AUGGCCCUGUAUCUUUCCAGGGAAGCCGCGGUUCUGCUGGCCUGUAGGGCGAUGGGGACGUCCGUGUCGAUCGCGACCGACGUGGACCGAAUCGCCGUACCUGAGGAGGACGAGGGUGGUACCGGGUGCCUCCGCGUCGGCGAGGAUUUCACUCCCUGCGGCGUGACGGGCCGGGUCGUUCCCGGGUUGUCUGGGGCUGCGGGGUCGACCUGGGACGUCUCUCGACAUCCGGUCUCCCUUGUCGGCCAGUCCGGUGACCCGCACGUUCUCGGUUUCUUGGCCGAGAUAAGUGCGACUCUCACCGGACUGGAUUCCAGGCUCGCGAGACUGGAGGGGCAGCCUCAAGAGCCUGUUCGCGGGUUGUCAGGUGCUGGGCGUGGAGUUUCGGUCUCCAGCCGCGCCGGAUCAGCGAGGGGCAGGGCCGUUUCUAAAGGCUCUUCCAGGGCGGCCUCUUUGUCCGCCGCCGCUCGCCGUGCGGCGCGUGAGGGGGCUGCGUUGGAGUCAGGCUCUGUCCCGGCUUCGCGUAGACCUUCCCGCGGGCCUGGGAGCGGUCGGGGGCGGGCCGAGGAGCUGAGGAAGAGGAAGAAGACCGGGAAGAAAAAGGGGAGAGGGGGUACUUCUGUCGCUGGGGGUGGGGGCCCGCGGGGUGGCGCGGGGCCGCCUGGCGCCGGUGGUUCAUCCUCUGGACCUGGCGGGGAAGACCCUUCUGCCCCUGAGGCGAUUUCGGGUCCCUCGCGCGGGGAGGAUACCGCCCCGUGGACCGAAGUCCUAGAGUAG